AUGAUUGGAUCUAAUCCAUCACCCACAUCAUCCACAGCUGCCAUGCCACACAAGAACAGUCUUGGUAGUAGUACAUAUACAUCAUCAUCAGAGGGUGAGAAUGAGGAGGAUGUCCCAUUGACCACCCCAUCUCCAACUUCCACUCAUACUCCCACUCCAACUCACUCACCCUCAACACCAUACCCAUCUUCAAAGUCAAAAGAGCAAUCAGAGUCAGAAUCUGAGGAGGAGGAGGAAGAAGAAUUAGUAACAGGAUUAAGUUUCCAAAGUGAUAUGGAGUCAUUCCCAUGGGAAGAAUACCGGUCUGCAGCACGUUCCGGUAGCUCAGACAACACAGACCGUUACUCACAGAUGCUCAUCUCUCGAUUGGUGCCAUACCUGGUUGAACCACCUUUAGAGCCAAUCAAUGAAAAGUGCCAUCCAAAGCCACUCCCAAGUGACAACGACAUCACUGACAAGUACUGUACCUACUAUCCAGAGGUGUUUAGUGGCAAGAGAAACAAGACAGCUCGAGUAGGCCACAUGGUGCAAUUUGGGUUCGACGUUGAUAUCCUCGAGAUCCAUCUCAAUGAAUUGUACGAUGUCGUCGACUACUUUUUCAUCAUCGAGUCGACACGUACCCACUACCACAAGAUCAAGAAACCACUCAUGUGGGAGCAAGUCAAGUUCCAAGACCGUUUCAUCAAGUUCCACGACAAGAUUGUUCAUUUUAUCCUAGACGAUGCCGAUGAGAGAGUUGCCAACGAUAUGUUUAGUGCAGAGACCCAUCAAGAGAUCCGUCGUUGGCAAAAGUUUGUCGAUUGGAACAACAACAAGGGCAACCUGUUCCAAGACGACGACAUUAUCGGGUUUGGCGAUACCGACGAAAUCAGUCGUCGUGAGAAUAUCCAUCAACUCAAGCAUUGCCAAUUAAAGCCAAAUGUUGGUAUUGUCGAUAUUGGUAUUUGGUUCCCAUUCGGUCCAAUCAACCAAGCUUUCAGACCUGAUUGGGCAGUCCCAUACAAUCCAUAUACACUAGGGGAUCCCUCCUACUUUACAGUUGGUGCAGCCAAGAAUCGUCCAAGUAACAACCAUCCAACCAGAAAUCGUGGACAAUCAGGACACUUUAUGUUGGGUGGUAUGCAUAUGUCUCAUUAUGGUUAUUUACCUUUCCAAAUGGUAAAAGUAUUAUCAUGUUCAGAAUGUGGAGUUAAAUCAGAGAGUCAAGUAACAGUAUUUUCAAAUGAUCUUUCAAAAUCAAAUUAUCGAGUCAAAGAGUUGGAAUCGAGACUUAUACAAACUCCAGCCAAUGACAGACCAAGAGUUGUCCCUCUUGAUACAAUGGAUGCUCAUUUUAAGAAUGAUGUUGCUAUCCUCCCAUGGUUUUAUGAUUGUAAUCGUAAUCGUUAUCCAGUUUGGGAAUCAAAGCAUGAUACUAGAUUGGAGAUUGAUCAUCCAAUCAAAGUAACAAUAACUAUUACUGUUACUGCUACUACUACUGCUACUAGAAGUACAAAAAAUAUAUAUAGUUAA